AUGACUGAGUGGCACGACCCGUCCUGCAGGCGUCUGAACAGCAUCGCCAGUAGCGGCAUCUCUAGCAGCCACAGAUGUAACUUUGUCCAGAUGGACAGUGGAACAUCGCCCCCAAAGCCCAUGGGCCCCGAAAACUAUGCCAUCUACCAGCCUCUGAAGUCCAAGACGCACAUCCGACUAUUCACCAUGGAGCCCAGGGGCUUCGACGACACGAUUCAGUGUCUCCUGUCCGUCAGCAGCACGACUAUCAUGAUCGUCUACGACGCUUUCUCAUAUAUGUGGGCGAGCGAGAACAGCGCUAUGGAGUGGACGAGGAGUAUCACGCUCUACUCACGGACGUUUCUCGCCGACGCCAUGUGUAUGAACCAGGAGGGCAUCGAGGAGAGGAACCACCCGGUGUGGCUGAUGCCGCAGAUCUACUCCCGGACGCAUCGUGUCCUCGUCCACGUCGGAGGACCGGUCCAGGAAGAGGCACUCUUCCGAUCCCUACAAGAUACCUCUGAUCUCGAGGUGCCCCGGCUACCGCUGCAGCCGGCGUUGAAGACACUGAUCGAACGGCGGUGUUUCUCGCGGGCGUGA